AUGGAUAACGGUAGAUCUAAUUCAGACUUUUUCCGCCACCUCCGGGAUGGGAGAAAUAAUCUGCCGUUUGCACAGCAUCUGUCGUGUUUACCAAAUACAGAAGCUAUAUCCUCGCUGCCAAUCACGCCUCCUACCACCUACGCUGACCCAGAGGACGAAGAGGUUCUCUCUACAGCUGUGCGUGUACUUUCCACCGAGGCCAUGGCAUUAUCAUGUCUCUCGCAGUUAUACGCAACUAACCCGGUAGCCCGGGAUGGGUUUGUAAGAGCCGUGGAAGCAAUCUCUACAGCGGUUGUCAAGGGGGGAAAGGUCAUCAUCAUCGGUGUGGGAAAGAGUGGCAAGAUUGGGGAGAAGAUGGUUGCAACGAUGAAUUCCUUGGGAUUACUGUCGGUUUUCAUGCACCCUAUUGAGGCUCUGCAUGGCGAUCUGGGAAUGGUUAAGCCGAAAGACGUCCUUCUUCUGAUCACCUUUUCCGGAAACACCCCCGAACUGAUAUCGCUACUGCCGCACCUUCCAGGGCAUCUACCACUGAUCGCAUUGACAUCGCAUAUCUCGUACCACACUUCCCCAUUGACACGAGAGCGCAAGAAGGCAAUUUUGCUUCCCGCUCCCAUACACGAGGCGGAGGAGACUAGCUUUGGCAUCUCGGCACCUACUACCUCCACGACUGUCGCGCUGGCGCUUGGAGAUGCCCUAGCAGUAGUAUCGGCGAGGCAUGUGUACACCGGCGAUGGAGAGAAGCCCAAAGACGUGUUCAAGAGGAAUCACCCAGGUGGAGCCAUUGGAUUGGGAACCGGAAAAGGUGUGGUGAGAGUGUCGGAUCUAGCAGUGCGCCUGGAAGAUAUUCCGGUGGUGGACGGCAUCCUUGAAGAUGGUCUACUAGACUCGCCGCCAAUCUCAUCCACUAGUUCGGAGUCAGACCUAGAGAUUACCGAAUGGACCGAUACCCCGCUUUCGGCGACUCAUUCCGUAAGGGUUAUUGACUGCCUACUUGCCGGUGUAGGGUCCAAGACCGGCUGGGUACGGGUUUCGAACGAUCAGGUCAUCCCGCCGGGGCGGCUGAAGUCUAUCCGAGGUGAUGUUCAAGGGGGCGUGUAUGAAUUUGAGCCAUCCCUUGUGGUCGCUAAAUCGGAAAUGAUACGCGUGUCCGGUCAGGCAAACGCAGAAGAUAUGAAGAAGUGGGUGAUGGCAUCGAGGGAGGAAGAGCGCGGGGUAUUUCCUGCGGGGGCAGUGCUGGGUGUUUGUGUGGGGGACGCUGGCAAAGGGGAAGAAGUUAUUGCGGUGAUUGAGGUUGAUGAGCUUAUGAGGGUUUGA